CAUGCGUCGAUUUUUCGUCGGUUUCGUUACUUUUUCUUUGUGUUCCUCGUGUGCAGACGCGUUUCGUUUGUCUCCGCUGUAUUUUCUUAAAGUUUAAAUAAAUUUAAGUGUUAAGGAUUACUCAGGAAAUAUAUUUACAAAAGAGUGUGUUUUUUAUAAAGCACAAAUGCAGCCAACUACAGUGAAGACCAGGAAAUGGAUGUUGGCAAUGCACGUGCUUACAACAACAAAAAUAAACGGAAUGUUUGUGCACAAAUAACAAUAGCACACCUACAGUGAAACACCGAAGUAGCACACUCAGUACACAAACAAACACUCAAAAACUUAACAAAAUAAAACACCUUUUCAAAAACGUUUACAAAUUAAUAAAAGAAAAAAGAAAUCAAAAAAUCCACGCACAAAUCAUCCAAAAGCGACAAAAUCAAACGCACAUAGUCACUCUUAAAAUUGUGUAAUUUCCAUCAAAAAAAAAGGCAUGUUUAACUUCCACAAACCGCGCGUUUACCGCUCCGCCGAUGGAUGCUGCAUUUGCCGGGCAAAAUCAAGUAGCUCCCGGUUCACCGCCUCCCGAAAAUACGAAAAGGAGUCGAUGCAGUGCUUCAAUCUCCAUGAGCCGCGAAACGGAGAGAUCUGCAACGCCUGUGUUCUUCUGGUCAAGAGGUAUAAGCGACUGCCCAUCGGAAGCAAGCGCCACUGGGGUCAUGUGGUAGAUGCCCGUGCUGGACCCGGAACCAAAUCCCUGGCCAAACAGAAGAAGCGCGACAACUCGGAGUCGGAUGGCAAGAACACCAAUGGUAGCGGCAACUCAUUUUUGCCCGAGAAGUUUGCCAAGAUCUUCAAGAAGAAUCGCAAGGGCAAGAUCACAGCAACGGCGGGGACUAAGUCAGCAGCUCCAUCGGUUUCCCGUGCAAUCAAUCGUCCCAGUAGCACUUCACCUACCUCGGAAAAUCAACCCAGUGAUUCGAACGAGAGUAACGACGAUGAUCAAAUGUCUAUGGAAUCAAUCGGAUCCUCUGGCGGUCCUUAUCAAACUCGCAAGCGUACUGCGGCUGCUGCUUUGGCUAAUAACAACGACUCGGCGGGAGUUGGUAAGCGCGUCAAGCUGACCGGAAGCAACCGCCGCCGACAGCUGCCACCGCAAAAGAAUCGAAGGGCCGUCGAUGAUGUGCCCUUUUUCGAGGAGAACGAUCUCGUACGCCUGGAGGUCUGCUGCGGUGUGGUCUUCCAGAGCUUAUCCCUUGGCAACUGCUGCUACAUCAUCGAUCCGGAGCUGUACAAGCCCUGUGAAAAGCACCAGCGCCUGCGUCGCCAGCAGUUGCAACUGCAGCAGCAGCAUCUUCACGAGAAGCAGGCGGAGGCAGCAGCCAUCUCACCGCCAAAUACUCAACUUCAAAGCCAAGGCCCAAAAGUUGGGCCACUUAAGAAGCAUCAUUUGUUCUUCAAGCGACAAUCGGAGCUAUUUCCGCAGGGUGAUAUCCAUAGUAUAAGUCCAAUUCCAUUGAGCAAGACUGAAACCACCACCACGACCAGCCAGCCACAUUCCAAUCUGUCGCUGGUCCUCAAGCCCACCGGCGGAGGCCAAUCGCAACCGCAACCGCGAACCCAAGUGCAAGCGCAAGCCCAAGUGGUUGCCGUGGGCGCUACUUCGCCCUCGUCGCUGUCCAACAAGUUCAACGACAACUCCUCGGAUUCCGGAUUCGAUGAGCAUGUGCUGGAGCGCAAGUCUGUUAGUCCACCGCACGUGGAGUUGAAGGUGCGCGAAAUCCCUGGUGGCAUGCAGCUUAUCCUGGCCACUGGCCUGCCUCUGGCUGGCCAGCCGCAGAAUCUUGUACUGGCGGGCAAUGAGUUUACGGCACGAAUUGUACAGCAGCGCGAGGCCGGAGGAGCAUCGGCGGUGACGGCAGUCCCUCUCAAAAUCAACGUACUCGGCGGAUCUCAGGGCAACGGCAAUAAGAUGCGUGCAAUAUUCAAUAGUGCAAGCAGCAUUCAGCAUGAGAACGGGGUGACCACCAUUCUGCCAGCCUCCUCGUUGGCGGCCAGCAAUCAAACGGCGGCCAUGAACGCCAUCGCACCCAGCACGGUGACCAUAACGCCCUCGUCGGUGUCCAAAAAAGUGGCCGUGGCCAAUCCCAAGAUAAUACAGGUGAAGCCUGCUAAAUUUGUGGACCUGUCGGCCGCGGCGACCAUUGAGCCACCUGCUCCUCCUCCUCCAGAAGCCAAAAUCGCUUAAGCGAAAGUCAACGAAAAAGAGAGAAAGAACACGAGAAUGAGAGAGAUAGGAGAUGCCUAGCGUCUCACAGGGACUAUUCUCACGCCCUGUUACAGUUGUUAAACACCAACCUCCUUUAAAUAUU